CAUGUUACUUUACAACACCGGUAUAGAUUCAAGUCGGGAGUAGUGGUGGUUGCGGCUACAGGGAUGUCAGUGUUUCAUGACGAGGUGGAGAUUGAGGAUUUUGAGUACGACGAGGAUUCUGAAACAUAUUACUACCCGUGCCCAUGUGGUGACAGAUUCGCCAUUACCAAGGAAGACCUGGAAAAUGGGGAAGAGGUAGCAACUUGUCCUAGUUGUUCGUUGAUUGUUAGAGUAAUAUAUGACAAGGAUGAGUUCAUGCAAGGUGAAGUAGUACCAGAACCCACAGCCAGCAAGCCUGAAUUGCUAAAAUGCUGAAUCUUGUAUCAUCUAACCAAAAUAGUGAUCUGGUCUUCGUGGGAGGGCCCUACUGACAUUGCCUUUUAAGAGUUUGCUUUGUAGUGUUGCUACUUCUCUAAUGCCAUGAUAAAGCUGCUUUAAGAUGGAAACUGUCUUGGAUAUCAUCAGGAAAGGAAACCUUAAACUGUCCUGUUACUUUUUUUUUUUUAAUACUUUUUAGCCAACAGUGAUCUUGUUUUUACUGGUUAUUUAAAAUGUUUAAUUUAUAUCCUGUUUUAAAGCUUAUAUUAGAAACAACUAUUUUGCCCUAAGUGCUAAAUAUUUAGCAAUUCUGUACAUUAUAAAGACUUAAGUGUAAAUAAAUAUUUUUAUAAAACAAA